AUGCUUGGUUUUCAUAACAAUAUUGCUAGAAAUGCAGAUAGUAGCAGGAGAAGGUAUAUAACCGAAGAAAUAGAAAAACUCGGAAAGGGGAAUAUUUCUGCUCAGAUUUUUACGUUUCAUGAGUUGAGUGUUGCUACACAAGGCUUCAACACCGAGACUUUGAUAGGUGAAGGCGGUUUUGGGAGGGUGUACAAGGGUCAUAUCGAAAGCAAAAAUAUAGAUGUUGCAGUCAAGCAACUUGACAGAAAUGGGUUCCAAGGAAAUCGUGAAUUCCUCGUGGAAGUUCUGAUUUUGAGUCUUCUUCACCACCCUAACCUUGUAAAUUUAGUAGGCUAUUGUUCAGAUGGUGACCAGAGAAUACUAGUUUACGAGUACAUGGCCAAUGGUUCACUCGAGGAUCAUCUCCUAAAUAUAGGUCCGGACAAAAAGCCGCUUGAUUGGAACACGAGGAUAAAAGUUGCAGCAGGAGCAGCAAAAGGACUUGAAUAUUUGCACGAGACAGCUAAUCCUCCAGUGAUUUACAGAGAUUUUAAAGCAUCCAAUAUACUUUUAGACGAGAGCUUUAACCCGAGACUUUCUGAUUUUGGCCUUGCCAAGUUAGGUCCUACUGGUGACAAAACACAUGUUUCUACCCGGGUGAUGGGAACCUAUGGUUAUUGUGCACCCGAGUAUGCAUCCACAGGUAAGUUGACUACAAAGUCAGAUGUGUACAGCUUUGGGGUCGUGUUUUUGGAGUUAAUCACAGGUCGGAGAGUCAUUGACAAUUCAAGACCGAGUGAAGAGAAAAACUUAAUUACUUGGGCACAACCUUUGUUCAAAGACAAGAAAAAGUUCCAUUUGAUGGCGGAUCCAUUGCUCGAGGGUAACUACCCAGAAAAGGCACUCUCUCAAGCUCUUGUGGUUGCGGCUAUGUGUCUCCAAGAAGAAGCUUCUACAAGGCCUUUGAUCGGCGACAUUGUAACUGCUUUAGACUAUCUAUCUGUAGGCAAGAGCCAAGCUGAAAAAUGAAGAAGAAGAAGCACAAGAAUCAUCUGCAAAAAAUACUGGAAAUAAUACACCAGAUGAUUAUUAGAAAGACAUGAAAAUUGUAUAAAUGAAAUCAUCUGAUUCUGUUGUUGGAUAUCCAACCCGAUUUCAAUGAACACAAGACCAGUUUAUUGAAAAGUUUAUAGAAUAUUUUGUAAAGUUUUUUGUUUUGUAUAUAUUAUAGUGCAUAUUAAGGAGUAUCGGAUAAGAUUUUGGAGUAG